AUGGGAAACAUUGGCUUCCUUUUCCCUCUUAUGGUGUAUGUGGUGGUGUUGCGCCACUUUGUGGCUACUUUCUUAGCGGAAUCACCCAACACCUCGACUGACCAAUUGGCUCUUCUUGCACUUAAAGACCAUGUAACUCAUGACCCUCAAAACCUGUUGGCAACCAACUGGACUAGUGCAAUUUAUGUUUGCAACUGGAUUGGUGUCACUUGCGGAUCCAAUCAUCAAAGAGUCACUGCUCUUGAUAUUUCUAACAUGAGUCUUAUAGGCACCAUCCCACCUCACUUGGGAAAUCUGUCUUUUCUAUCUUUGCUUAACAUCCGAUUUAAUCAUUUUCAUGGCUCAUUGCCCAUUGAGUUGGCUAACUUGUCUUCACUGAAAUAUAUAAACUUUGGCCACAACAACUUUCAUGGAGAAAUCCCAUCAUGGUUUGAUUCCUUCACUAAUCUUCAUAGCUUGUUACUAUAUGGUAACAACUUCUCUGGUGUUAUCCCGUCUGCUUUAGGCUCUUUGUCAAACCUUGACACGUUGAUCUUGUAUGACAAUGAUCUGGAGGGGCAUGUUCCUAUUGCAAUCGGAAACCUUUCUAACUUGAAAUGGUUGUAUUUGUACAAUAAUCACCUUUCAGGUUGUAUAAUGAUCAAUUUGCUCCAUCAUCAAUAUAUCUCUAUUGAAAAUAUUGAUUUGAACGUUAAUAAUCUCAUUGCAGGUCAACUUCCAUCGCCUCUAUUCAAGUGUCAAGAGUUAGAAGUUUUAUCUUUAUCUAACAAUGCCUUGGAGGGAAGUGUGCCUCAAGAAAUUAGGAAUCUGACUAGAUUAAGUCAAUUGUAUCUUGAUCUUAACAACUUCACAGGUGAAAUUCCAUCAAUAAUCAAAAGCUUGCUUUUCCUUAAGGUUCUUGCAUUAGAUGAUAACAACUUCACAGAUAUAGGGAACAACCACUUGAUUGACACUUUUCCAAUUUGGUUAGGAAAUUUAGAUCUACAAGUUCUUAUCUUGCGAUGUAAUAGAUUCUAUGAUCGCAUUGAUAACUUUGAAGGUAAAUUUUCCUUCACUCAUUUGCGAAUCAUCGAUCUCUCUGACAAUGACUUCAAUGGCUACUUACCAACAAAAUUUUUUGAAAAUCUUCAAGCUAUAAGAAGUGAGAGUGAAAACAAAGGUGACCCAAAGUACAUGAUAUAUUCUGGGACUAAUCAAGGUUUUUAUUUUUAUGAAUCUUUAUUUAUUACAACAAAAGGGUUGGAGAUGGAGCUCAUGAAAAUCUUAACCACUUGGACAAUUAUUGACUUUUCUAAUAAUCGAUUUAAAGGACAGAUACCUCAAGUAGUUGGAGAACUUCGUUCACUUAUUGUCCUCAACCUCUCUCACAAUAGUUUAAGGGGUCCUAUCCCAUCAAUAUUAGGAAAGUUGUCAGCACUUGAAUCAUUAGAUCUCUCAUCAAACAAGCUCAAAGGAAAAAUUCCACCACAAUUAAUAAAUCUUAUAUUCUUAGAGGUGUUAAACCUUUCUUGGAAUAAUCUAGUGGGACUCAUUCCUCGAGGCAAACAAUUUGAUACUUUCACAAAUGAUUCCUACAUUGGAAACUUGGGUUUAUGUGGACUUCCUUUAUCCAAAAAUUGUAGCAACGAAAAGAAUUUGGUACCACAACCAACAAAGUUUGAUGAAGAUGGUGAUGUUGUGAAUUGGAAAUUUUCUAUAUUGAUGGGGUAUGGAUGUGGGCUUGUUUGUGAAUUGAGCAUGGGAUACAUUGUGUUCACAACUGGAAAACCAUGGUGGCUGGUUAGGAUCGUUGAGAGAGGUCAACAAAAAUAUGUUAUGAGAGGGAAAAUCCGCAGAAGUAGAGGAAGGAGGUAA